AUCUGGAUCCUGUAGAUUAAAUUUUAAUCUGUGGAAAUGAAGAUAUCGGUCGUGUUUUUGUUGCUGGCAGCAGGACUGGAAGCUGUUUUAUCCGAGGAUAAAUACUUUGAAAUCGGCGGUAAGCUUUCUCUUAAACCCGAGUCUGUCCCUGGAGAAGGAAUCACCGCCAUCAACUGGAAACAUAAAGAAAACGUUGUGGCUGAGUGGAUUAAAGACACUGUUCCUCUGAGUUAUUUUAGAGAGUUUAAAGGCCGAACAGAUCUGGAUACGACCACCGGAGAGUUGACCAUCAGAUCCAUGAAAAAGGCCGAUGAAGGAAUCUUCUCUGUGGAGAUCAACUCUAAAGUCCAGCCUGUUGAAUAUUCUGCCAGGGGGAUCACACAUUUACGUGACAAGAAGGUUGAAGUCMWGSUGAGACCUGWGGCGUGCACCUUCAGCUCACCUCAGUGUACCCUGAGCUGUCAGGCAGUUGUUGGACCUGUUCAGUACUUCUGGCAGCAGGACGAAGGACAAUGGAAGGAGCURCAGAAGGACAUGAWCAUCAMCARWRAUGAGGAAACACGACUGAUCAAAACAUUCAGCUGCAAAAUAAAGAAUCCCAUCAGUGAGAAGAACAGUGAGCCUCUGGAGAAUCCUUUCAUCAAAAAGCCAGAAGAACAGAGUCAUGWUGGUCUGCUUGUUGGGAUUAUUUUCCUGUUGUUAUUAAUAUUGGGAGGUACAGCACUUUCAGUGUUUGCCUAUAAAUAUCCAGAGAAAGUUGCACCUUGUCUACCCUGUGUUGCUGGACCUCCUGAUCAACAUCCCACUGAAGAACCUCUACAUGAUGGAGAAAUGAGCGAGGUGGUCUGUCUGAACACAGAGUCUAACACCAAGACCUCCAGCAAGACUCCUGAAGAACUUGAUGAAAGCAGUGAAACGACCCCUCUGAAAGGUCCUGAGACUGUGACCUCCAACGGGACCCCUGACCAGUCAUGA